AUGGCAAGCAAUGGCUUGAGUAUGUUUCAAUUCCCUCGUCUUACCAAAGAGAAUUAUGAUAAUUGGUGUUGUCGCAUGAAAGUCUUGUUAGGUUCUCAAGAUGCAUGGGAGAUUGUAGAGAAAGGUUAUACCCAACCUCAAAAUGAGGCUAUUUUGUCACCAAAUGAGAAGGGGACUUUGUUGAAGUCGAAGAAGAAGGAUCAACAAGCACUUACUUUCAUUCAUCAAGGUUUGGAUGAAGCUAUGUUCGAGUUGGUGUCAAAUGCAACCACAUCCAAAGAAGCAUGGGAGAUUUUGAAAACCUCCCUUGAAGGUGUUGAUAAGGUAAAAAAGGUGUGUCUACAAACUCUACGUAGAGAGUUUGAAUCAUUGCAUAUGAAGGAAUCCGAAUCUAUCUCAGAUUUUGGCAACAAGGUAUUGGCUAUUGUGAACCAAAUGAAGCGUUAUGGAGAAAAUAUGGAAGAUGUUCGUGUGGUGGAAAAGAUCCUUCGCUCCUUAAUCGCUAAAUUUGAUUAUGUGGUUUGUGCUAUUGAAGAGUCUAAGGAUUUAGACUCAAUGACCGUAGACCAAUUGAUGGGUUCUCUUCAAGCCUAUGGAGAAAGGUUAAAUAGAAGACAUGAUGAGCCAUUGGAGCAAGUCCUCAUAGCCAAAGCUUCUUUGAAAGAAAAUGGAGGAGAAAGUAGUCAAAAAGCACGUGGACGUGGAAGAGGACGUGGUCAUGGCCAAGGAAGAGGAGGAAGAGGAGAUCGUGAUAAUUUUGACAAUAAUGAAUGGAGGAGCCAUCAAUCCACUAGAAGUCGUGGAAGAGGAAGAGGUAGAAACAAUUAUGAAAAAGCAUAUGAAAGGAGGUAUGAUAAAUCUAAUGUUGAAUGUUUUAAUUGUCAUAAAUAUGGCCAUUACUCUUGGUAG